UGUGACUGGAGGAGGAGGGAUCCCGGGGGCUCGAUGCUUUGGCGUGGAGGCGCGUGCAGAGGCAGAGCGUGGAGCAAAACUUUCUUCAAGCUGAGAGAGGAGAGCAUCUUUCAGUGGCACCUGAUGAGAACCAUCCGAACUCUUUCAGCCCAACUGCACAUCAAACAACAUUUGUGGACUAUACUACCAUAAAUAGACAAGUGGAGGAAAAAAAGAACAGUUCAACUUCUUUCACCGUUAUCCAGUAGAGAUGACAGUGUCUCCCCUGUCCCUCUAUUUACCUCUGCUGUGUUUGACAGCUGUCCUCUCCAGUGAUGCUGCUGUUCAGAGCUGUAUGGACAAGCACCAAGUGGUCGGUGUGCUCCGUCAGAUGGAGAAGUUCCUGAAAGGCCAGGAGGUCCGGUUCACUGAGGGUCUGCGGAUCAUGAAGUCAAAGCUGGCCACUCUUCAAAACUCUGUCUCCAAAAUGCCACAAGCUGACCAAUCUGCAGCUCCCACCGCCUGCCCCUCACUGGAAGCCCCCGUGCACGGAACAAAGUUUGGCUCAAAGUAUUUUGUGGGACAUGAAGUACAUUUCACAUGUGCCCAGGGCUACCAGCUUGUUGGCCCGACCACGCGAGUCUGUCAGGAGAAUGGUAGCUGGACAGGCAUUGCUACUGUCUGUAAAGACAUGAGUGUGUGUGCCAGUAACCCCUGUAAGAAUGGAGGCACAUGUGUGAUGGGAGUGAACCAGUACAAGUGCACCUGUCCUCAGAAGUGGAGUGGCCCUCACUGCCAGCACCCAACACAGACAGCCCCUCCUGAGUGGAGUGUUGUGAAUGAUCCAGCAUUCAGUCGUAAACCGCGCUGUGCUCAGGUGAACCGGGCCCAGCACUGCAGCUGUGACGCAGGGUUUCACAUGAGCGGCACCUCUGACAACAGCAUCUGCCAGGAUGUAAACGAGUGUGAGGUUUAUCGGCUGGAUCAAGGAGGAAAGCUAUGUGUCCAUGAAUGUGUGAAUGUCCCGGGUUCUUACCACUGCUCCUGCCCCAGCGGCUACAGGCUGCUCCCAGAUGGGCGGAGCUGUGAGGAUGUGGACGAGUGCUUGAGCCAGAAGCACAACUGUACCAAUGGGACGACCUGUAUCAACACAGGAGGAGGGUUCCAGUGCGUCAGUCCGGAAUGUCCCCGGUCACAUGGACAUGUCCAUUAUGUCAAGACAUCACCUUUUCAGUGUGAGAGGAAUCCCUGCCCCAUGGACAGUCACAGCUGUCAGCUCGCUCCAAAGACAGUGUCCUUCCAUUACCUGUCCCUGUCAUCCAACCUGCCGACUCCUGCAACUCUGUUUAGGAUGGCCACAGCCACUGCGCCGGGGCGCACGGGGCCGGACAGCCUGCGCUUUGGGAUCGUUGGGGGUAACUCCAGAGGCAUGUUUGUGAUGCAGCGCUCAGACAGACAGACCGGAGAGCUGAUCCUGGUGCAGCAGCUGCAGGGCCCGCAGGAGAUCAGCAUCGACGUCGACAUGUCCGAGUACAGCGACCGCAUCUUCCAAGCCAAACAUGUGGCCAAAGUACACAUCCUGGUGUCACCGUACAACUUUUAAACCAGCUCCAAAGCUCUCAAGGUGGAAAUAUGAAGAACUGAUCUGAUAUGAAAUCUGACCUGAAUUUCUACAAACAUACAUGUAUUUAAUCAGUGGAAAAAACAUCUUGACAUGACAUCUUUAUAUUGCAUACUAUGAUCCUGAGCUUUGACUGUCACCUGCUGAAGGUCUGACGCUUACUAUAUGCACUUUUCUUUUAUAUUUCCUAUAGUUUUAUUAGUACAUCAAUGGCUUAAUUUAUUGGAAACAUUGUUGGUAUUUUUUUUUACUUAUUUUCUCUUAGAUCAUGUACUGUAUAUUUGCUUAAGCUGGAGUAGGGCUCAAAUGUUACAUUAUAUUUCUGUAGCCCUGCAGUAAUACUGUACCACAGCAUAUUUGCUGCAUUAGUCAUAUUCUUUAUGUUACCCAGAGACGCACAUUUUUAUGUCUAAAAUCAAAGGCUUUACAGUGAGCUUUCCAGGGCACAACUCAGUCCGCCUGGAAUUUGAAUUGUCACAACAUAAUUGAAAUAAAGUCAGUCCAAAACUUCA